GGGCCAGUUGCCGUUCGCGUGUCUCUCCUGCAGCACGCUCAAGGCCACGACAGCAACAGCAACAGCAAAGGUGCUGCUGCUGCUGAGUGAGCGAGAGCUUUUAUCGUCUCCUGUUUGAUAGUUGGGGCUCCCUGCGACUCCCUAGAUCAAAAAAGGUGCCUCAGGAGUAACGCGAGUCGACGAAGAUGUGGUUGCUACUGCUGGUAGCGGCUCUGGUGACCAGCGAGUCCCUGGACCCUACCGUGAUCCAGGCUCGCAGAUUCAAUACCGUUCCUGUCUACAUCUACGGUCCGCCCCUUCCACAAUUAUAUGGCCCCGUCAGCCAAAGGAGAAACUUCCUGGAACACGUCCUCUUCGACUACAGAGUGUCCCCCGAAGAAGUAAACAUUCGGCACAAGGGACAAAACCCUAUAAACUACGUUCCACCUCCGGUGGCAGCAGCCUACGCGGCGAACCCUCAGGAAAAUGUAGAAGACCCGGGAUUCCUUAGGGGCCACAUUGAAUCUCACCCAGCCCAGGUCCACCAUUCGUGGAGGCCUUACAGUUUCAACGACAUUUUCGAUGACGAUGAGGAAGACCAAGGCUUCGACAGAGGGGCUGUUGAAGCAGUACCUGCCGCGGCCCUGUCUUACGUGGCUGAAAAUAUCAUCCAAGACGAUGUACCAUUUUCCAGGGCGGAAGUUGAAGCACCUCCGUCAUUCCCUUCAGUUUAUAAAUGGGGUUACGAGGAUGAGGAGCUUGACGCGGUUAUUGUGAAUGCUGGCUAUGAGGACUUCGAUGACGACGAAACGUAUGGAAGAGCCGGCUACAGGGCCUCUGUCGAAUCACCCCCACUACGGAACGAGCCUGAGGACCCGGAGGAAUCUUACCCCAUGCCAUCUCAGCUAAAUUCAAGACCAUUCGGCCACUUAUCUGAAAGUACAUUGGAAGUCAACAUAAACGCUGGUGACUAUAACUUUGGCAGCUCAAGGUUGACUAUGGCAGAAGGGGAUCUUGUCAGCUACGGAGCAAAUGUCAGGAGCCAAAGUGGAGAUUAUAAAUUAGUGUGUUACUAUGGAGGGUGGUCCGUAUAUCGUCCAGAGCCAUUCGACUUUUCAGUAAUGGACAUAGAUCCUUUCUCCUGCACCCAUGUCAUCUACUCCUUCGCUGGCUUGAAGGAAAAUGAAUACACCAUCCAGGCUCUCGAUGAAGAACUUGAUAUCAUUAAAGGAGCCUACAAAGCCGCUGUUGGACUGAAACAACUAAACCCAGCUCUGAAAAUCAUGAUCGCCAUUGGUGGAUGGAAUGAAGGUGGCAAGAAGUACUCAGCAAUGGCUUCCACAAAGGAGAGAAGGGACAAGUUUGUUCAAUCUGUCGUCAGUUUCCUACAGGAACACAAAUUUGAUGGUCUCGAUCUCGAUUGGGAAUAUCCAGGAGCUAGUGACAGAGGCGGCAGAUGGGGAGAUAAAAAGAACUUCGCAGAUUUGGUCGAAGAGCUUGCAGUAGCAUUCAGGCCUCAUGGAUGGAUCUUAUCAGCAGCUGUGUCACCUGCCCGGUUCCGAGUCAACGAGGGCUAUGAUGUUCCUCGUUUGGCCCAACAUCUUGACUUCAUCAACAUCAUGACCUACGAUCUACGAGGACCCUGGGACGGCAAAGCUGACCACCACUCGCCCAUUGAGUCAAGACCAUCUGAUGCCUGGGCAUUCAAGAGUCUGAACACGAAAGAUGGUAUCAACUACUGGGCAGAAAAGGGUGCUCCAAAAGAGAAGUUGUUGAUGGGCAUUCCGUUCUAUGGACGAUCUUUCACGCUGUCAAAUCCCAGCGACACCGACCCUGGGGCUAGGGUCAAGUCAGGAGGUAAUGAGGGUCAGUACACUCAAGAGCGAGGCUUCUUGGCUUAUUAUGAAGUCUGCAUGGAAGAAAAGAAUGGAGGAUGGACAUUCAAGCAGGAUGCUGCUGGGGGUCCCUAUAUGACAAAGGGUGACCAAUGGGUUGGCUAUGACGAUAAGGCCUACGUGGCAAAGAAGAUGGAAAUGGUCAAGAAUGAAGGCCUUGGCGGCGCCAUGAUCUGGGCCAUUGACCUCGAUGAUUACUUGGGAGUCUGUGGAGAGAAGUGGCCCCUUCUGACUACCAUGCGUAGAGGUCUGGGGGUAAAGGCCACACCAAUUGCAUCAGCUCCAAUGCCUCAACCCGCACCGGAGCCAGCACCGGAGCCAGCACCUGAACCAGCACCGGAGCCAGCGCCUGAACCAGCACCGGAGCCAGCACCUGAACCAAAACCAGAGCCAACACAAGAGUCAACAACAGAAGAAGGCUCCCGAACAACAGCGGUUCCUGGAGGAACAACUCCUUUGCCAACUACACUCGCUCCUACACAAGCCACAGCAGCACCCAACUUCACAUGCCCAGGACCAGGAUUCCAUCGUUCAGCAGAGGACUGUGCCGUGUACUACCUCUGCGACGCUUCUCUUAAUGCCUACCGGUUCAUCUGUCCCUCUGGUCUAGUCUUCGAUACCCACAGGCGCCUUUGCAACUGGCCCAGGCUUGUCAAGUGCGGAAAAGGCUUCGCUGCACUGAACACAAUCCCUGUUGCAUGCCGCGAGGACGGCCUCUAUAACGACGCCAACGACUGUCGCAUGUUUGCACUGUGCAACAACGGGCAGGCGACGAGGUACUCCUGUCCCUACGGAUUCUUCUUCGACACCACGAAAGGUGUCUGUACGGAAGAUGGACAGAGAUUCUGCCUCCCUGGUAACUCCUUCAAGAUUGAGGACACUUAUAGGACUACACCCACUCUCAAAACAGCAGGCGAAAACAAAGUCGUGUGCUAUUUCACCAGCUGGGCAUUCUACCGACCCGAUCCUCAUAAGUAUGCCCCAGAAUACGUGGACCCUUCACUGUGUACUCAUAUCCUCUACGCUUACUCUAAACUGGACGGGUACGAAAUGAUCAUGAAGGCCUUAGAUCCUUACUUGGAUUUCGAUUACAGUUUCUACCAACGCGUUUUAUCGCUGAAAAGUCAGGCACCAUCACUGAAGGUGAUGCUUGCUCUCGGUGGUUGGGUCGACUCAGUUGGCGAUAAAUACUCCCGCCUUGUGAGCAAUCCUGCCAACAGAACACGAUUCGUGCAGCACACGACCGAUGUUCUGAAAGCCUACGGCUUUGAUGGACUGGACUUAGGAUGGAUGUACCCAAGGUGCUGGCAAUGGGAUUGCUCGAAAGGAUCGCCAGCAGACGUAGCUAAUUUCGCCUCGUUCGUGAAGGAGCUUAAAACAGUGUUCAACGUGCAGUCACCGCCUUUGCUCUUAUCUGCUGCGGUGUCGCCUGCCAGAAACAUCAUCGACAAGUCUUACGACGUGCCCGCCCUCUCGCGAUACCUGGAUUUCAUCAAUGUCAUGACCUAUGACUUCCACGGGGCAUGGGAAGGGAAAACAGGGCACAUUUCGCCCCUCUCCGUCCGACAGGGUGACAAAUACGAGAGCCAGAACACGGACUACGCCAUGAAGCAUUGGGUAUCGAAGGGUGCUGAUAAAAGCAAACUCAUUGUGGGCAUUCCGUUUUAUGGUCAGACUUUCACCUUGGCCAACCCUGCUAUAAACAGCAUUAAUGCCCCAGUCAACGGGCCAGGCGAACCAGGGCCCAUAACGAUGCAGAGGGGAAUGAUGGCCUACUUCGAAAUCUGCAAACUAGUAAGAUCACCUGGCUGGAGCAAAGCCGUGGACCCAUCAGGGGCCAUUGGUCCAUUCGCUCACGAGGGCAACCUGUGGAUCAGCUACGAGGACCCGGCCUCUGUAACUCGAAAAGCCAGUUACAUUCAGGACAAUGGGUACGGUGGUGCCAUGGUAUGGGAUCUUAGUUUUGACGAUCGUCUGAACGAAUGCUGCACGGAACCUUACCCUCUGUUGAGGGCAAUCAAUCGGGUGCUCAGGUCCGUAUCGCACCCGCCACCCAGACCUGGAGGAGGUAACUGCGCCGCGCCACCAUCUGACGCCACGCCCACUCCCCCUGUUAUGACAACGACCUACGCUUCAGCCAUUGGAGGGAAACCCUCUACAAUCCCUUGGGACACAUUCAACAUUUCCUCGAGCGGAACAACAGAGACGACUGCUCAAACCUGGUGGUCUUCAACCCCCCGACCCCAAACCACCCCAAGGCCAGUCCGAACUACCUCCAACACUCCUAGAACAACUACGACCACGCCUGCGACGACGACUUCACCCUGGUGGUUACCUCCUAGUACCACCUCAACUACUACUACUACAACUACUACAACUACCACAACUUCCACCACCACUACCACCACACGUCCAUUUAUUCCAGCAUUCCCACAAGGGCCUACCAUUCCUCCUCAACCGCCACAACCACCUCCAUCCGCGGGUGGUGGAAAGCAGCCAGGUGACAGGUGCCAAGAAGGAGAAUAUCAUCCUAAACCAGGAGACUGCGAAUCAUUCUACAGGUGUCGAAAUGGCCAGCUGGAAGAGGCUAAGUGUACCCCAAGGCUCCACUGGAAUCAGCAGCUGAAGUUAUGCGACUGGCCAGCAAGUGCCAAGUGUCAGGCAUCACAGGCCCAACCAAUAGGUGGUGGCAUCACCACAAGUAGGCCUAGUCUACCAAGCAGAAUGACACCUACAACCACCAACCGACCCAUCACCACCACCCGUACCAGUACCUGGUGGUGGACACCGGGGCCCACAACUAGGUGGACACCGAGGCCCACAACUAGGUGGACACCUAAGCCAACCAAGAAUUGGUGGGAGACUAAGCCAACAACUACAAGGUCCACCAUCAAAUCCACAACCCAGCAAGCUACAUCAAUACCUGCGCCCACGAAACCUCCAUCUUUGUCGCCUCCUUCCAGUGGCGGCAGCUGCCAAGGAGGCAAGACCGCGGCAGUCCCUGGGGACUGUAACAGCUUCCGACAAUGCAUAGCAGGAUCUUGGGUGACACUGCCUUGUGCUCCUGGACUCCACUGGAAUGAGGCCCUCAGUAUUUGCGACUGGCCACAUCUCGCCAAGUGUGGAAGUACAGCAGCAAUUCGAGUUCCAGAAGAACAAUCCUCGCCAAUAACCACCACCCCCUGCCAGCGGGAGGGUGCUACAGUCCAAGGUCCCCAGUGCACCACAGGUGUGAUAUGUAAGAGUGGCUCUGUUACGGUGGAGCAUUGCACAGGGGGCCUGGUUUGGAAUCCCAAGGAACGCCACUGUGAUCUUCCAUCUCGUGUCCCCAAAUGUGGUGAUGUAGUUCUCACGCCAUCCUCCCAAGCUCUCCGACCUGCAACACCAUCUCCUGAUCUAGCAGCUACACCAGGAACAACGUCCGACAUCAAACAACCUUGUCAAGAGGGCAACUACAUGCGCGAUCCAGCCGACUGUGGAGGUUACUUCUUAUGUGUCCAUGGAGAAUGGCAGAGAUUCAACUGUCAGCCACCACUGCAGUGGGAUGAGAACAAAAGAAUCUGUGACUGGCCCAGUAAUGUGAAUUGCAAAGCUGUACCAGCGCAAGAUCAAGCAACUGGAGAAGCAGCCAUGCCUGUGGGAGGCUCAGUAGAAGUUCAACCAAUACAACCACAACAACCAACACCACAACAACCAACACCGUCACAACCAACUACAACACCAACACAAUCAGAUACUAUCUUGGAAAAAGUCCCAGAUUCUGGAAGUUUGUCAGGAGAUUACAUGGUUGUUUGCUACUUCACCAACUGGGCUUGGUACCGUCCGGGUCUGGGCAAGUACAAACCCGAUGAUAUCGACCCCACCAUCUGUACUCACAUAGUUUAUGGGUUCGCUGUGCUCGAUUACUCCAAUCUUAUCAUCAAGCCUCAUGACAGCUGGGCUGACAUAGAUAAUAGCUUCUAUGAAAAGGUGACAGCACUCAGGGCCAAAGGAAUCAAGGUCACCAUUGCUAUUGGUGGAUGGAAUGAUUCCUUGGGAGACAAAUACAGCAGGCUAGUCAAUAAUCCUGCAGCAAGAAGCAAGUUUAUUAGCCACGUGAUCGAAUUCAUCCAGAAAUACAACUUUGAUGGUCUCGACCUUGACUGGGAAUACCCUGUUUGCUGGCAGGUGGACUGCAAGAAGGGACCAAAGUCUGACAAGGAGAACUUUGCUCUCUGGGUUAAAGAACUAAAGGAGGCCUUCGAACCGCACGGACUCCUCCUAUCGGCGGCUGUGUCACCAAGCAAGAAAGUCAUUGAUGAAGGGUACGACGUUCCAACGCUCAAUCGCUAUCUUGACUGGAUUGCCGUCAUGACCUACGACUUCCACGGACACUGGGAUAAGAAGACGGGUCAUGUUGCACCUAUGUAUUACCAUCCUGAGAGCGAUUACGACUACUUCAAUAUGGACUACGCUAUCCGUUACUGGUUGGAGAAAGGAGCCACAAAGAAUAAGAUCGUUCUGGGCAUGCCCCUCUACGGACAGUCGUUCUCCAUCGACAACCCCCAGAACACCGGUCUUAACUCUCCUGCAAGAAGUGGAGGACAAGCUGGACAGUUUACCAGAGCACGAGGCUUCUUGGCCUACUAUGAGAUUUGUCACUUCAUUAAUCAAGGAUGGACCGUUGUAAAGGAUCCCGAGAACAGAAUCGGACCCUAUGCUUAUUCCGGUAAUCAAUGGGUAUCCUUCGACGAUGUAGACAUGAUCAGAAGAAAAUCUAAUUACAUUCGUGAAAUGGGUCUUGCUGGUGGUAUGGUUUGGGCCCUCGACCUGGAUGACUUCACAAAUCGAUGCGGACAGGGGGCUCACCCACUUAUGAAGACCAUUAAGGCAGUCCUAGGAGCUCCCAAGGGAACUGGAAUAAGUGAAUCCAUGGCACCAACACCACCACAAACAACCAGAACCACGACUACUCCUGAACCUCAGCCGGCCAACACAAUAGAUAUGACAAAUGUUGGUACUGUUGAUCACCGACCAACAGUUACUAUCCCAACGCCUGGUUCAGGAGAUGGUUAUAAGGUGGUCUGCUACUUUACAAACUGGGCUUGGUACAGAAAUGGUGAGGGCAAGUACACUCCGUCAGAGAUUGACGCCUCCCUCUGCACACACAUAGUAUACGGCUUCGCUGUCCUAGAUCCAAGUAAUCUUGUCAUUAAACCCCAUGACACAUGGGCCGAUUAUGAUAACAAGUUCUAUGAGAGAGUAACAGCCCAUAAGUCAGAUGGAGUCAAAGUUCUGGUUGCCAUUGGAGGCUGGAAUGACUCAGCAGGAAGCAAGUACAGUAAACUUGUGUCUACACCAGACAGCAGACGUAGGUUCAUCGAGCAUGUCAUCACUUUCAUUAAAGAUAACAACUUUGAUGGUCUCGACCUUGAUUGGGAGUACCCAGUCUGCUGGCAGGUGGAUUGCAAGAAGGGCCCAGCAUCAGACAAAGCUAACUUCGCAGCUUUUGUAAAGGAACUGAACGAAGCCUUCAGACCACAUAAUUUGCUCCUCUCCGCAGCUGUCUCUCCAAGCAACAAAGUUAUUGACAUGGGUUACGAUGUCCCAGCACUGAACCAAUAUUUGGACUGGAUUGCAGUCAUGACCUAUGAUUAUCAUGGUCAGUGGGACAAGAAAACAGGGCACGUUGCUCCUAUGUAUGCCCAUUCUCAAGAUGAAAAUCUUGCGUUUAACACUAACUUCACCAUCCACUACUGGAUAGAAAAUGGAGCUGAUCCCAAAAAGUUGAUCCUGGGAAUGCCAAUGUAUGGCCAAUCUUUCACCCUAGCACAAGCCAGCGACAAUGGCCUUAACCAAAAGACAUAUGGAGGUGGUGAAGCUGGCCCCUAUACUAGAGCAAGAGGAUUCCUGGCCUAUUACGAGAUCUGUUAUAAGAUCAAGCAUGAAGGAUGGCAAGUUGUAAGGGACGUUGAGAAAUCUAUGGGCCCUUACGCAUACAAAGGAGAUCAGUGGGUUGGCUUUGACGACAUUGAUACAAUCCGGUACAAGACUAAAUGGCUUCAAAACAUGGGUCUCGGAGGAGCUAUGAUAUGGGCCUUGGAUCUUGAUGACUUCCGAAACAGAUGUGGCUGCGAACACCAUCCACUCCUUAAAACUAUCAAUAGAGAACUCCGAAACAACCAAGGACCUGACCCAGGAUGCUCUCCACUGGGAGGUACAAGAUCAGUGAGCCCUGUAACUGCACCCCUCCCAGGGGCCCCUCCAGUUUCAGUACACCCAGUGGCCCCUCCAGUUUCAGCAUAUCCAGGGUCGGCCAAACCGGUUCAAAAACAAGCCUGCGAAAUGGGAUCUCGAGAACCGCAUGAAUCAGACUGCAGGAAAUUCUACGAAUGUGUCCAUGGCGAGAAACAAGAGCGUCAGUGCUUCCCUGGACUCCACUGGAACGCACAGGAAAAUCGCUGUGACUGGCCGAAUUCGGCUGGGUGUAGUAGUGAAGCCUCUGGUCCAGCUGUAACUCCAAGUGUGACACGGCCACCGCCACCAACACCCCCACAACCUGUUACAAGACCACCAACACCAGCAACUCUACCUCCUGUACACCUACCAGGUCCUGGAACAGGCUCUGGGGAACCUUUGCCCGACACUGGUUAUAAGGUUGUGUGCUACUUCACAAACUGGGCCUGGUACCGCCAAGGCAUCGGCAAAUACAGGCCAGAGGACAUCGACCCAGAUCUCUGCACCCACAUUGUUUAUGGAUUUGCUGUCCUGGACGGAUCGAGGCUCGUCAUUAAGCCCCACGACACAUGGGCAGACUAUGAUAAUGAAUUCUACAAAAAAGUGACAGACAUGAAAGCUCGUGGAGUCAAGGUCUUAAUUGCUAUUGGCGGAUGGAAUGACUCAGCAGGCGACAAGUACAGCCGACUUGUCAACAACCCAAGUGCUCGUGCCACAUUCAACGAGCAUGUCAUUGACUUCAUCUUGAAGAAUAACUUUGAUGGUCUCGACCUCGAUUGGGAAUACCCUGUUUGCUGGCAGGUGGACUGCGCUAAAGGAAAUCCAAAUGACAAGCAAGCCUUUGCAGAUUGGGUAAGAGAGCUACACACGGCAUUCCAACCUCAUGGUCUCCUGCUGUCAGCUGCUGUCUCUCCUAGCAACAAGGUCAUUGACGCAGGUUACGAUGUCCCAACCGUUAACCGUUACUUGGACUGGAUCGCCGUCAUGACCUAUGAUUACCAUGGACACUGGGACAAAAAGACAGGUCACGUUGCUCCUAUGUAUCAUCAUCCAGGCCAUGAAAAUCCUGCAUUUAAUGCCAACUACACUAUCCACUACUGGUUAGAGAAGGGAGCAGACCGUAAGAAGCUCAUUAUGGGAAUGCCAAUGUAUGGUCAAGCAUUUGGCUUAGGCUGGAAGUCUAACGGCACAGGACUUGGGCAGCAUGCUCCUCAAAAGGGCCAGGCAGGGCAAUAUACAAGAGCUGCAGGUUUCUUAGCUUAUUAUGAGAUCUGUGACAAAGUGCUCAAUGGAGGAUACACAGUUGUUAAAGACCCAGAAGGAAGGAUGGGACCAUACGCCUACCUAGGAAAACAAUGGUUCGGUUAUGACGACAUUGCUAUGAUUAGAUAUAAGUCUGAAUACGUUAAAAAAAUGGGUCUCGGAGGUGCUAUGAUUUGGGCACUAGAUCUGGACGACUUUAGGAAUCGGUGCGGAUGCGAGAACCAUCCGCUCUUGAGGACGAUCAACAGAAGCCUGAGAAACUACCCUGUUCCUGACCCUAACUGUAACAUCUAACUGAUAGUUGACACAGGAGGAUAUUGGGGGCUUUAGAGCACGAUUCCUUUUUUGAAAGCUUCAGCGCUUCUGAUGAGAAGGAAGGGAAUGUUUCUCGAAGUCCCGUGUCUUUCUCUAGUACUGCUUCCUAAAAAUAUCACGAGAUUCUAAAAUGCUUCUACUCUUAGUGACCUAGAAGUUCAACAGACUCGUGAAACUAUAAAAAAAAUGAAAAGACUCAAAGUUUAUGAGAUUCUUAAGGACCUCCAGAUUAAAGCUAAGUAAAUAUAAAAAAAAAUAUAAGUAGCGCUUCCAAGAUAUCAGGGGUUUGGGACUCCUACAGGUUUCCUCCAAAUAAAUCUAGGGUACUACAGAAUAUUCUAAUGAACAUUAGUAGAAUGCUGUACUUAUAAAAAGAGGCUUGCGUGCACCACUCAGAUAGCGCAUAUAAAACUUACUUAUUUGAUUACUUUUAUCUUACGUCAGACUUCUACAUGUAUUGCAUGCUGUCUCUUCCUGAAAAUUCCGCAUACCCCGGCUCCCUAUCUUUUGUUUAUAAAUAUGGGUAAAUUAUUCUUGUUUACAAAGUUUUUCCACAUCAAUUACUUAUAAAGGCAUUUAAAUACACGUCCACCAAUUCCAACAAUCUUCAUAUAACACAGUCCUUAAGAAUAAAAAUUCAUUCUGUUUUCAAAAAGGGGAGCAAGUAAACCAUGUUUCAAAAGUCCCUUAAACUUUCGAAGUUUGUGAAAUCUUACUUCCUUUAACUGGAUGCCCUUAUGUGCAAUCAAAUGCAUAUCCUUGUAGCUACAUGGUACUGGAAUGUAAAAGGCUUGACACAAAAAUGAGAUACAAUGUCACUUGAUUUCAAGUGGCGACUGUAAACAGCAAUUAAUAUGAGUACUUUCUAUGUAUUUGUGCUGUAUAGGUAUUACAGUUCUUAUGUUUUCUGUAUGUGUGCCAAACUUGUGUUAGCUACUCAGACAUCAACUGACUACUUUAGUUCACCAGUACAGUUACUGUGGCAUUAUUUAACACUAUUUAUCAUUAUUAAAUUAUUGUAUAAAAAAUA